AAACAGUUCCGGUAACUGCGUGUCAGCCUUCUUUGGUGGGUCCCCCCAACUGACAGCCGGUUGCUAAGUGAGUUAGCCAACCGCGAAGCGAAGUUGUCACAUUUCCCCCUUGCAGUUGUGUAUUUACAGGGGCAAACGGUAUAAAGCUAAGCUAUCGAAAGUAAAGAACUCAUUCUGGAUUGAUCAGCGUUAGUCAUCGUCAGCUACGGUGGGAGUCCUCCCCUGAAUGAGUGACUCGUGGUGGUGUGUGGCUAGCUGCGAGUAGGAGGGUGGGGACUAAAACUUCAAGACCUCGCCCAGCCGUUGCUUCAUUCCCGUAGGCAGCUACUAUCCUGACGGUGUGAGAGACCCGCACCACUAAACCAGAUAAGUAUUGAAAGGGAUACUGACACACUUGUGUCAAAUAGACAAACCAAAUCAGUCACCAUGUUCAGGAAAAACUUGAAGAAGGACCCCGAGCUGUUUCAGAAUGUAUCGGAGGGGCUACGGCGGCUCUACCGGACCAAAUUGUUCCCGCUGGAGGACACGUAUAGAUUCCACGACUUCCACUCUCCUGCUUUGGAAGAUGCCGACUUCGACAACAAACCCAUGGUCCUCCUGGUCGGUCAAUACUCUACCGGGAAGACAACCUUCAUCCGGCACCUCAUGGAGCAGGACUUCCCUGGUAUGCGGAUUGGCCCAGAGCCGACUACAGACUCUUUCAUCGCGGUGAUGCACGGUGAACAGGAUGGGGUGAUACCCGGUAAUGCCCUGGUUGUCGACCCCAAGAAGCCCUUCCGCAAACUCAACGCCUUUGGCAACGCGUUCCUGAACAGGUAAAACCCGCAUUUAACCAGCUUAAAGUGAGACGUUUGAAAAAUGCAAUUCCAUGGAUUACAGGGUCUGAGCCGGAAGUGCCCCUCAGUCACCCGCUCCGUAUGAAUGAAUCGAAAAAAGUCGACUUGAUUUCAUGCCUGUCGACUGUAGAAAACGUAUUAGGUAAUCCAACUAUGUGUCAGGAAACGUGUCAUAACAACACACCACCUCCUGGUUUAAAUGUCCUCUCUACGUGUCUUUGCACGUCGCUCACUCUUUCAAGGUAAACUGGCAGCAUGCCAUUGCACAGUGCUGUCAGCUGUCUCAGAGCACACUGAGUGUGAGUGUUUCCCCUUUCAUCAUCCAAGGGGAAUGCAGGUGUUUAGUGUCAACUGUAGUUGUAAGCAAGGUGCUUCCCAACACCUUGUCCAACCAUACCUGUUCACAUUUUACUUUGCAAUUCUUCCUCAAAGCACCUGACUGAGUCAUCAGUGACUGAUCUCUCCAUACCAUGGUCACAGGGUGGCCCCUUGAAAGCAGAAAUAGUUGCAUGUGAUGUUGCUAGGCAACAGGCUGACCUUGUCCUGUCCUGAGAUGUUGGUGCUCUAAGUUUCCUGCCCACCGGCCGUAAAAGUUAAUUCAUCAGUGGAAGCCGACAAGACCAGCCCUCUUUUCUCUAUCAGUCAGUAGGCCAGGCAUAAUCUUAUCUCAAAGAGGUAAAGGUUUUAGUGUCUCCUUGUACCCUUUCAUUGAGUCAGCAAGUUAAAGUCAAGACACUCAGCUCAUUAGAGACUGAUUCACAUGUCUGGUGAGCCGGAUAUGCUCAGGGAAACUUAAGUUAGGAGUUCACAAAGUUGUAUGAAUCAUAUUUAGCAACACUGUGUGGAAAAAACCCCAGAAUGAGUCAGACUAAAUAUUGUUCAGGUGGGGUAAACACUUGACGAAAGUAGUGAAAGCAAAUACAAGCAGAAGACAGAGUGAAAGAGAAAAAAGGACCAGAGCGAUAUCUUAGCUGGUGAAUGAGCGCUUGUUUUGAUCUAGGAAGACAAUGUGGACUAUAGUAGCUCUUUCCCGGCAAACUGAAGAGUCUAUUUCCCCUGAGUUUGUGAAGUUGCUUUCUUUGUAGGAUAGUCAGGGUGUGAGGUGAUUCUGCAUAGCAGUGAGUCACAGCCAGGAUGAUGAGGCCAGGCAGGAGCUAAAACAUCUUAAUCCAAUCUAUUGUGUGUGGAUUCCUGAUGACAUCAGGUGGCUAAAAUCCAAUUGUUGAUGGUGUAACUUCCUGUAAAGGAUGUGGGUAUAUCCCCUCUCUUCCCAGGAGUUAGUGGGGUGUCAGCCAAGAGGAUGAGCAGAGAAACUGAGGAACACAUGCCACACGAAUAACUAACCUGUCCUAAUCUAAAUCUGCAAUUGGAUUUAGAUUGUCAGGUGAGUUGUGUGGCCCUACGGUGUUAAACACUCAAGCUGACAUUUCCUCAGUUUAGCCUGUUUCCCAUUAUCUACAUAGAUCCCUUCCCUCAAUUAUGUUGAGUGUUUGUGUUAUCUCGCUUGAGUGCAAGUUUCUGCCAAACCGCAUAAGUCAAACUUAGAGGACUCGAGGCAUGCAUUUUGAAUGACACUUUAAAAGGCGUGGGGUCAGGCUUCAUGGACCACAAAUCACCUCCUUAGAUUAUAUUAUGGACUUGGAGGAAAACAGAUAAGAUUGUGUACAAACAAAGACUAUUGUCCCUUAUAACAUAAUUUUGCUAACUCUCUGACACAAACCUGCAGCGUCAUGGAACUUGUGGUUCCCGUCGAAGUUGUUGUGCUUCUCGUUCUCAGAAUCAUACUCAAACAGAAGAACAGCUCAUGUAAUUAUACGGAACAGAAAACAUGUUUUGGACAAAGCAGGUGAAUGACCUGUUUGAACAAAUCUCUGUGUGUAUUUGGUCAAUACAUCUUUAAUCAUUUCUCUCGGGCACAUAGCCUUAAACAGGCCUCGAGUUUGAUAAAAACGUAUGUCAAGUACCAGAUCCAGACAAGCAGGGCUGUUUUUGGCUCAGACUGGGCCAGAUUUCAACUUUCCUCUCAAGAGGCCAAAGGCAUUUAGAGUGGUCUUUGGUUGACUGAAAAUGUUUUUGCCCAUGAAAAUCAGCCGGAGAAAUUGAGUAUUGACGGAUUCAUUAGGUGGAGCAGAAAUGUCACAUUUGGCACACACAGCUUUGUAGUGGAGCUCUUUAACUACAGUCAUUCAACCUGCAGAUUAGCCUUUAACUACCACCUUCAGGAGCCGCUCUCAGUGUAAUCAGUUAUUUAUCAAGAGGGUAAACAGGAAUCAGUCAAGGGAUCAACACGCCUACAUUUUUCAUCUAAGUAAAGGUUAGUGUAUUUGUUAGUCUAUUACCAAUUUUUCCAUCAUUUGUUUUUCAUAGCAAACUGGUUUGGUUUGUAUCCAGAGGCAUGAGUACCGAUUUGUACAAAGGCCUUAACGGCAAAGUCUGAAUGAAUUCAUUCAAGAGACUUCGUACUUUCUACAAGCUCCUGACAAACUCACCCACCUUUAAUCUCUUGUGCUGUCGAGUUAAAAUGUCACAGCAGUCAGAGGGCCUCGGUGUGUCUGUGCUCUCUGUAAGCCAUUAGUCAGUAAAACCAGAGUCAGCAAAGUGUAAGUUCCGCACUGGCCCACCCCGGCUUACACUGUCCUGCUCCGUCCUGUCCCACUCAAGGCCUGUUAUUCCAGGACACUGACUCUGCACUUUACUGGGAUUGGACACAGCCUUACAGAGCACCCAAGUAAACUAAUACCAGAGUUGAACAGGUGUGUAGACAUUAUAUUAUAUAAAUAAUUGAUUCUCUUUCACAUACACACAAGAGGAAAUUUUGCAGGAAGUAGCCAUGGAAAAGUGACACAUUCAUGACCCCCCCAGUUCACAUCCCCAGUGUAAGCAACAGCCGCCCUGUUUCCUCUUGUCUCCAGGAAGUGGAGGUUAUGAUGGGAGAAAAGGUAAAAGGUCAGGAGGUGGAGCAAGAGCGGAAGAUCUUUUCUCAAGAGUUGGAGCCAGAACGCCAGUCACAUGAGAAGUCCAAUGUUGAAUAUUAACCCAGACCUUCAUGCCAAGAGUGUAGCUCCACAGAAAGGAUGGGUUUUCCACUGUCUUGAGACAUACUCAGACGGCACAGGAUUCCAGAUAGCUCUAGGCUCCUGGGGCCCCCAUGCCUGGUAGGGUCUUCUGUUUCUAAGAAUUCGGAGAUCAUUGCAGCAUUUUUUCCAACACGCGCUGUGUGGAAAAAGAUAGUUAAAGGGAAACCCGUGCCAAAAUUCCUAGCUGGAUAUCAAACACCAUCAGCUAUGAGAGAGAAUGGAAAAACACGCACGAUUGUUAUCAUUCACGUUCACUAUUGUUGUAAAUUAAUAGCAUGCAUGGUUUAUGCAAGAGGCUGCACUCUCAUAUUCCCUCGACUUGUUCAUUGUCCUUGAAAUUUUCCUUUUUCCUCUCUACAUGUGGUGUGGGAUCUCUGUUCGAGUGGGUGUGUGUAUGUAAGUGUGUGUGUGUCUGCCCUCCGUGUGGUUACAACAAGAAUGUAAAAGCAAAGUUCUCUCCGAGUCUUAUGACCCGGUGCCUCUGAGCUCAUGUUGUGAGUAUCGGUUCAGAUUGAGUGAAAAGGCAGCAGAGUGAGAAGCCGAGCUCAGAGCUGUGGGGUUCCUUAACAAUCCCCUUCUUUGUCCUGAGUGGGACACUGUGGGUUUAUGCAAAACCACUCAUCCUCUCACUUUGUGUAUGUCUGUCUGUCUUGGUGUGAGCCUGGCCCAGUUUUUGUCAAAGAGAAAAUUCGCCUUUUUAAGUUUAAACCUGCAGCGUCCGAGCUUUUGGGAGACCACCGUGUAGUGCUUCAUGUUUAACUUGUAAUGAAUCACACCUACACUUCAUGACUGCUCAAGUAUUAUCCUCGUGUUUCACAGACAAUCUCUCAUUAAUGGUAACCUCCUUCACAACCCACCCCUUCAUGUACACAGAAAGUUGUCUGGGAAAAUCAGACCAUGACAUCAUAUAGUCUCUUUGUGUUGGUAUCAAACAGUCUGAAUUAAAAUGUAUCCAUCAGAAAUUUCAGUUAUUAUAAAACUGCAAAGUGUUCAGUGAUUCCCAGCUUUUCUUUUGUGAUACUAAUGAAAGUAUUUCAGAUGAUUUUUCACUAACAUUUACCGCCUUAAAUGAAAAGAUACUAUAAAGUGAGCAGCUACUAUAAAGAUAUCUGAAAUGAGAUCAUAGAAGCCUCUUGAAUCCAUCAGUUACUGCUUUACAUGCUGCGUACAGUAUCCUGCUGAUGUUCGUGCGUGAGAACAUGAAGGUUGUUACUAAAAGCUCAAGAAUAAUAUCUGCUUAAUGCCAAGCUUAUGUAUAAACACUCUCACCCGACUCUUUUCUGCGUCACUCCUGCCCUUACUCUCUACCCCCAUGUCUGAUGCUCUUGAUUUCAUCUUUCUCUCUCCUUUACUGUAUUUUUUUUUUCUCUUGUCCAUUCCUUCUACAUUCUUUUCUCUCAUCCUUGUCUUUUCUUGGCAGGUUCAUGUGUGCCCAGAUGCCUAACCCUGUCCUGGAGAGCAUCAGUAUCAUCGAUACUCCCGGAAUCCUGUCUGGAGAGAAGCAGAGGAUAAGCAGGGGUACGUCUAUGAAACAGCCACACUUGUUCCUUUUCCUCGCUCACAUAAUCAAUACCUCUACUACUACAACCACUCCGACUACUUUUUAACAGAGCGGCAUAAAAGCUGACAUUCAAACAGAGAUCCUCAUGCACAUGAGAAGUGAACACCCAAAGUCUCAAGUUCAAAUAUGAAAAAGGAAACAUACUUAACCUACAUACACUUCCCUCAGUCACUCUCUGGUAUUUCUGUUUGGCAUGUCGCUCACAAAGUCAGCUCCAGCAGUCAAACCUGUAUUUAACCCUUAACUCCCUCAGGUCAGAGCCUAACUAAAUAGGUUGUGUACAUCAGAUAGGGGCUUUCUCAUUUUGACAAUAGCAUGGUGCAGGCUGGAGGCGUUCUGAAGUUCAUUUCCUGUUCUGUACCUGUAGUUUUCUGCAGCACACUCCUCUUUCACAUCCUUCCCCUUUUUGUCUCUCUUAUUUCAUUUUAGCCUGUAGCUAGCUUAGCGGAAAACACUUCCUAUAAUGUAGCUAUGUGACAUCUUGGUUUUUCCUGUGCUGUAUCAUUUAUCACUUUAUGUCUGAGUCAUUUCCCUGCGCUCAGUGGACAUAAAUCGACAUAUUUUUAUCUGUGUGCUCUAACGUUACUCCAACCCGCAGGGUUACUUCAGAUCUGCAUCGUUUGCAGCUUUUCCUUUACUUUUGAUGAUCCAACAAAAACACACAGAUGAUAACUGUGCAGCUGAGCACAGCUUCUGUAUUUUUUUCUACCUGAUUUGAGCCCCUUUUAGAGGAAGUGCACAUACAAGCAGUAGAGUUUUUGUGUACUCUAGGGAAAGGAUGUGGGGUAAAAUGGCAAACAUAGCAGAGAGUUUCCCAAGACCUCCUCCCAGAACCCCCAGCACUGUCUGUGUUGGAUGGAGAGUCUGUAAAUCUGAAAUUGAUUGAUCUCCCUCAAGACAUUUUUCCGUUUAAGUGUCAAAUAUUCUUCUUGAGUUACUUUUGCUCAAUCUAAGAACAAAUACAGUCUUUUACUGUGAGAAGCACUGAACAUUGAUUCACUGAAUAAGGAGACUCAAUAAAACGAGAAUCACCAAUAAAGAAAUGAUAAGUUAUGACGCCUUUGUUUAAAGCAGAAAGAAAGCAAGCCACUCAAAAACACAGUUGUAAAAGGGGACAAUCUAAUCCAAUCUACAAAAGAAAAUAUGUGCAGGUCCUAAUGAAUGAGAGGACCAACAUGUGGUGGGGUGACGCUGUCAGAGAAGAGGAGCAGAUGAAAUCUGACGCCACAUACCUCAGGAAGUUUGGUUUCCAGACAUAUGUACUUUUACGCUCCUCUCAGACACACACACACACACACACUCAUGUUCUCUUACUCUCUUAUACACACUGAUAUCCUUUUGGCUGUUUCUAUAUAAACACAGAUACAAUACUGUACUACCCAGACAUACUGAACUGUCCUGUGUCACAUAAAAACAGGAAUUGGAUUGUACAGCUGAGGUGUGACGGGCAUUUGUGUCUCUGCAGCCUGACUCCAUCAGCCAGUAUAAGCCAAAAUAAGUCUCAAAGAGCUUUACAUCUACAAGUCAUGAUAUUGGAAUGUCCAUUCAUAGAUGCUAAACAUUUUGAUUGCAUAAUAAUGUAGAGUUGAGUUCAUUUUUUUAAGUCAGCAAAUAUGGCUCAGUACUUCUUCCUUAGCGAGCUAUGGAGUAACAACAGCUAUGAUGAAACAUUGAUUUUGCAGAACCGGUUAUUGUCUUUCCUGUAGUCUCUGUUGAUGACUCUACAUGAAAACUAACAUGUCCAACAUGUUCGUGUUCCCAUACUGGAGGGAAAAAAUAGCUGACAGGAAAAAAAGACUUCUCAGGGGAAAUGCCGAAACUUUGAAGAGUUAAAGCAUUAAGAUACUCAAUGCAAUUUUUUUAAUGAAUAAGCUUGUAAUCUUGCUAAUGUCAAGAUAUGAAUAUUAGUAUCAGUAUUAUGUCUGUGGGGCUGAAGAUGGCAUGAAAAAUGUAGUUAACUGAAAACUGCCAGCACAGAUUUACUUCCUUGUCCAAAGGAGAGCAUAAUUCAAAACAUACCUCUGAAAUUACAGAGCACCAGAGCAUCAUUCAAGAAAUGCUGAUAAUCAAGAAUUUUCUUUUCUUCAGAUUGAGAGUUGAUACAGUCAGUGCAGGUCAAAAGCUCCUACAGACUGUGCCAUGUUGAGUAAACUUUGGACCAGACCUAAACUUCAUUAUUUAUGGACCAGAGGGUCUGUAAUAGUUUUGAGCCCACGAUCUGCUGUCUGUUGGAUGUUCAUUUUUUUAAGGUCUCACUACUUUCAGAGUGAGAUCUUAACAGCCAGUGAGAGGAGUCUUCUAGAGGACUGAGCUGCUGACAUGUUUCUAAGCCACAGCCAGUAUCCCAGCCCCCCAGGCUAACCUUUACUAGCAUACUACUGUUGACAGUAAACAAGAGAGGUAAAUUCUCUCCUCCAGGUCUUGGGGAAGUAUUGACAACCUGUGGAGACUCUGUCUCUCAAACCAAUUCCUCUUCCAGACUUGUUAAGCCGUCUGUCUCCAUUUUUUGUUUUUUUCCCUGCAAAGCAUCUGUCCAAUAAGUUUAAGGCAGUCUUAGUCUUAGCUUUGUUUUCAUGAGCUCCCACCUGAGAUCAUUUGGAAGUUUUCAAGACCUUGUAGAGAGUUCCUUUAAAUUCUGUUUUGCACCCAGUGUAUUAUUUUCCGCUGAGUAAUACGCCAUUCGUUAAAAAUCUUUCAGAGUUCACCUGUUUGAAAGAAACGAAUGUGCAUGAAGAUUCACCCGAUGUUCAUUAUACAACGAAAGAAUCCGUUAGAAUUUUUAUGUUCAAGUUUAUUGAAGCCAUGUUAGGCUAAGUUAACUGGCUUCUGACUAUAACUUUUUAAUUACAGACACCAAAAUGUUGUUCUCAACUCCAAGAAUAUGACACAUGUCUCAGAAAUGUUCAACUAUUUCUUUCAUUACCCCGGGGACUUCAGUGUUCCGAAAAUAGAUGAGACGAUUCUCUAGCCUUUCUCUUCUCUGUUCUCUGUCAGUGAUCAACACAUACUUUCAAGGCCUGCCCAAAUUUGUCAUAAGCGAUUGAGUGGGUUUAUCUUUGUGUGCCUAUGAAUAUGGAACAGAAAUGACAGUUGCUGGAGCUGUGUGCUAUAAGUAAGUCCGAGCUGGAGCAGCUGUCACUCCCUAUGAUUCUCUGACAUGUGUUUUAAAGACGGACUCAAAAAAGAAUCCGCAAAUGUCCUCGGGUGGCUCCCACGGGGAUCUUGGACUUGAAGUAUUCCCUUUUUAUAAACCCCACUACUUUCACUUGUCAUGCUCAGAAACAAAGCGAAAGUCCACUUUGCCGUGGGUAAUUUCCAGCACCCAUCCUCGAGGUCAUCUCGAAUGACAUUCAUCUUUUACUUUCACUUUUACUCACCCUCAUCUCUCUCCUGUUUCUCUUUUUUUCCACUCCUCUCUUCAUCUCCCAUUUUAUCUCUUUAACUCUGCAUCUAUAGACUGUAUCUCCCUGUCUCUCUUUUGUAUACAUGUGCUCAGACGCAGACAAAAGCCAGCCAUGUUGGAAUGCAUGUGCAGCAGAUCUGGCGCUGAUUGCGCGACAGCCGAGAUGAGCUUUUAGAGCGACUGCAUUCUUCUCUGAUCAGAUGACACACAGAGACUAAUCAAAACCAUAAUUCUCUCUCUUGUACUCCCUCCUCCAGGCAAAGCCAAGUUCAGGGAAAAGGCCUGUUUAUUGUAAUCUGAGUUAGUCUCCCUGCUGUUCUAGAAACCGAAGGAAGUGAGCGGUACAGUGAGUUUCUGUACAACAGUGUUGGUAUCAGGCUGCCAGCUCAGGCGGGCACGGCUGGUUAUCUUCUGAACUUUGUAUUUACAGCCCGUCUUUUAUUCUCUCUUCAAGUUUCUUUAUUGUAAUCCAAUACAUUCAAGCCCGUCGUUUAUGAGUGUUAUCAUCUUAUUCCAUAUCACAUUUCAUGCCUGAGAUUGACCCGUUGAAGGGUUUAAACUCUCUUUACCUCCGUACACCUACUCUCUGCUGUUUCAGUGAAGCGAGUUAAUAGGUAACCAGGGGAGAAAGCCCUGCCUCUUCAAAGCUCUUAUCUAAACAUUAUUGGAUCAACAUGGUUUGGAAAAUGAACCCCACAAUUAAAGCUGCUCAAACGUAACAAUCUAUUGCCCGAUUGGAGCUCUUGAGCUCUUUGUCAGUUCGGACUCUUGUGUUUCUCCACACCACUAAGCCUCGAGGGCUGUUAGUGUUCUCAACACAUGUGCAAAAUGUCAAACAUGCUCUCCAUCCGACAAAAGUGGAAAAACAAACAAUGGCAAUUCUUUGUCAGUUAAGGUCAUAUGCUAGUUCGCUACUUCACAGUACAUCUUUGUUUCAAAGGUGACUCAAACUUGAUCAUUACAGAAACAAAUCACACCCUGAAUGCAAACAAAUCACCCAAAGAUCCCAGAGAUGUUUUUCUUCUGACCAGGGUUGACCUUGGUAAUGAUUUCAUCUUUUGUGGUUUGGAUAAAGUAAACAAGCUCUGCUUGGAAUUAAUCAUAUCAACUUAAUUACUAAACCAACAAAGCUUAUUAUGAGGACUCCAGCAAACUCCACUAUGAGGGAUCUGAUGUAAUCUUUAUUAGUAAAUGGCUCAUAACAAAUAAAUCAGAGAUAAUACUGUACAGUAGCCUGUGAUACGCAAGGACAAGAACAUUUAAAAACUGCUGUUUUAACCCCAAUAUUGACCUUGUAUUCUUCUGUCUCUCUGAAUACAUUUAAAUAGCUGGAAGAACUCCUCUAAAUUUAUUGAAUAAAACAAUUUGAUAUCUGCAUUAUAUGACCCUACACUCUCAUUAUUGGCAUCAGUUAUUAAAACAGUGAUAUCAGUCGACCAUUAGUUAAGAGGCCCACAGUGAAAGUCAUUGAGGGGCUCUACAGUUCCUGUGCUGAUCCCAUCUUUAACCAGGCUGUCUCCUCUUUGGUCCCCAGGUUAUGACUUUGCUGCAGUGCUCGAGUGGUUUGCUGAGCGAGUGGACCGCAUCAUCCUCCUGUUUGACGCCCACAAGCUGGACAUUUCAGAUGAGUUUUCAGAGGUGAUCCGAGCCCUGAAGAACCACGAAGACAAAAUGCGAGUGGUGCUGAACAAGGCGGAUCAGAUCAGCACUCAGCAGCUCAUGAGAGUCUAUGGGGCUCUGAUGUGGUCUUUGGGAAAGAUCAUCAAUACACCUGAGGUAAAAUACACACUUUUAAAGUCUUCAAUUAAAAAAUCUCAGUUUGUAAUUGUUAUAAAAUGAAAUAUAAGCUGAAGUGAAGGGACACACUAACGCCAUCAAUCAGAGAACGUGUUCAGAACCUUAUAUCAGGUGACUCCAUUUACCUUAUGAUUUCUCCCUGACUGUUAAUGGUUAAUGUUUAAUCUGGGGCCAUAUUCAUAAACCGAUACCAGAGACACCUUUGAAUUAUGUGGAGAAUGAUUCAUUGACUUUGAGACUGCAUAGUUGUAGGCCUUCCACCAGGAUGUGAAACACAGAACAUACAGACUGCGAAAUUUGAUCAUCGCUUAAUUGUGAACUUAAGUUCUGUCACACAUCCUGUAAGUCUAUUUUGAGAAUACAUUUUUACAAAUACAGUUCUAUGUCUGCUUGGGCGAGAUUAUAGCCACGUGUUUGUGACCUGUGAAUGAAUUUCCUCUGGUGUGGGUGUGGGCAGUUUAUUGUCACCUGAUGGGUGGUGGAGAUUAAUAGAGGUUAAUGUGUGCGAACUUUAUUCCAGGUGGUGCGUGUCUACAUCGGGUCAUUCUGGGCCCAGCCCCUUUUGGUCCCUGACAACAGGAAGUUGUUUGAGGCAGAGGAACAGGACCUGUUCUUGGACAUCCAGUCGUUGCCACGCAACGCGGCACUACGCAAACUGAAUGACCUCAUUAAACGUGCUCGCCUUGCCAAGGUUAGUAAUAUCACAAAUUAAGAGUCUGCAGCAAUCCAAGAACCUCUUUGAGCUGCAAAACUCAAUAAAGGCUGAUGAGGAUGUUGUUGUAUUACUGGUAUUCAGUCAAGAAACUAAGUUAAUUUGUGAAUCAAUACUUUAGUUUGAUGAUGGUGACAGGGAAAGGGCGGGGAUCAUUAAUAGAGCACAACUUGAGGAGCGCAUGACUGUCUGAACCAAAUUUGAUGGUAAUUCUUUAAACAUUCACAGUAAGUCUGAUGUUAUCACUGGGAAAAGUCAAAGGAUUUCAAACAUCAGUCUAAAUAUUUUUCCAAAUAUCUGCACAGUUGUCAACGGAAAUUCAUGGAAUUAUUGGUGGAUAAUUACCUCAGGACAGAAGUGGUGGACUCACUUACACACUGUAUAUUUUAUCACUUGAGCUGCCAGAGCAGCUAAAUACCGCCUGGUCAAAAAGUUUCAUAACACUUUUUAUCUGUGUUUUUUCUUCCCCUUUUUUUCUACGAUCUGCUCCUCUAGCCCUCCAAGAGAGCUGUUACACAAAAUGUUUUAUUUUUCAUACGACUCAGUAAGUGUUUCUCGGUUAACCACAAGGCUAGUCAAGAAAACCUUGGUUCACAGUCAUAAGAUUAUGCGGUUUUGUAAACCUGUGAAUUUUCCAAAGUGUUGGUUCCUUCCAGUGCAGGGUGUGAACAUUUUGUAAAUUCCCACAGAUGCAAUAAAUAGACUGCUUGAAAGGUUAAUCAGGGUGAUAGUUUGAGUCACACCAAAUGAAAUCAAACAAUGCAUCUCCAUACAGUUAAACCACAAGAGUGCAGUAAAAUCAUAAAAUGAUGAAUUUGUCUCAUGUUGUCCAGGUGCAAGCCUACAUUAUCAGCUCUCUGAAGAAAGACAUGCCGAGUGUGUUUGGAAAAGAGUCCAAGAAGAAGGAGCUGAUCGCUAACCUGGGAGAGACCUACCACAGGAUUGAGAAGGAGCACCAGAUCUCACCUGGAGACUUCCCCAACCUCGCCAAGAUGCAGGUGAGAUAAGAAGCGUACCAUUGUUACAUUCAGUUUCAUGAUUAAUGAGUCAUCUGCCUCGACUAUUUCUGGCUUAUUAUAUAAAAGGUUUAAAAAAAAGAUACAGUUCAGGGGAGAAUGACCUCCCGACCUUUACUCUCUUCACAUCUUUGCCCUUCUUUCCUGCCCUUGCCCUCCAGGAUGGGCCAGGACGGGGAUGAGAUUUAUUUUUCCUGGUUUGUCAGGAAAUCCUGCUUCUUGUAUGCUACUCCCAUUGGUAACCACUGAAGACUGAUCUAUUUCUAUCACCAAUUCCUGUUUUCCCCUAACCCCCAUCCCUUCAGGAGCUGCUGAAUGGCCAGGACUUUUCCAAGUUUGCAGCGCUGAAGCCCAAGCUGCUGGAGGCGGUCGAGGACAUGCUUGCCAACGACAUCGCCCGCCUCAUGGCCAUGGUGCGCCAGGAAGAGGCUGCCAUGCCCAGCCAGACCGUAAAAGGUGGAGCCUUUGAGGGUACUAUGAGCGGUCCAUUCGGUCACGGCUAUGGAGAGGGAGCCAGCGAGGGCAUUGACGAGUUGGAAUGGGUGGUCGGCCGUGACAAGCCAACAUAUGAUGAGAUCUUCUACACCCUCUCACCCAUCAAUGGCAAAGUAUCCGGAGCCGCAGCCAAGAAGGAGAUGCUUAAAUCCAAGCUGCCGAACACUGUCCUGGGUAAGAUCUGGAAGCUAGCAGACGUGGAUAAAGAUGGCCUUCUCGAUGAUGAGGAGUUUGCUCUGGCCAACCACCUGAUCAAGGUAAAGCUGGAGGGCCAUGAGCUGCCAGCUGCACUCCCUGAUCACCUGGUGCCUCCGUCCAAACGCUCGGCAGUCCUCGAGGCCUAGAGGAAGAGUGAGGUGUGUGACGAGCCACGUCAGCGCUUUGCACCACAUUAAGGACUCUCCAGACUAAAGCCCAACCAUAAGCAUGUACAGCAUCACCCUCCAUCAAGCUGUGAGUCCACGAGCAUCCUGACACGGCGAGGAGUUAUUGCUGUGAUCUUUUCGCCAGUAAGAGACUGGAGGGUUUCAGGGGAAGGUGAGGGGGGGGGGGGGACGCUAAGAUAUCUAUUAGAAAUGAAUGGAGGGAAGGGGGAGGGGUUGAUUUGAAAACUGAUGAAAGGACAUUACAGGAACAUGAACUGAUGGGCUGUUGGAGGCUGCAUGAUGGGGAUGAAGAUGGAUUUUUGAAUCCUGUGUUAAAGAUAUCUUCUCAGUACACAAUCCAUAUUAAUAUUAUAUGUUGAUCCAAAGAAAUAUAGUUUUUUCCAUGAAGAGUGACAAGGAGGAAAUAAAUCAAAACAGCUGUUAGAAUUGUUUUAUCUCUAUUUUUGUAUUUCCUGACUGUUAACUUUGACUCUUUCCAAAUGCUUCCCUUUUUAUUAUUUUGCCAGAUAAAUAAAAAGGAACACUGUAACAUCUGA